GUGCCCAGUGACCUGACCCCGGAGGAGUGCCAGGAGCUGGAGAACAUCCGCCGCCGCAAGCAGGAGCUGCUGGCUGACAUACAGCGGCUGAAAGAUGAGAUAGCAGAAGUGACGAAUGAGAUCGAGAACCUGGGGUCCACGGAGGAGAGGAAAAACAUGCAGAGGAACAAGCAGGUGGCCAUGGGCAGGAAGAAGUUCAACAUGGAUCCCAAGAAGGGCAUCCAGUUCCUGAUCGAAAAUGACCUGCUGAAGAACACGUGUGAGGACAUCGCUCAGUUCCUCUACAAGGGCGAGGGCCUCAACAAGACCGCCAUCGGUGACUACCUGGGCGAGAGGGACGAGUUCAACAUCCAAGUCCUGCAUGCUUUUGUGGAGCUGCACGAGUUCACUGACCUCAACCUCGUGCAGGCCCUGCGGCAGUUCCUGUGGAGCUUCCGGCUGCCCGGAGAGGCGCAGAAGAUCGACCGGAUGAUGGAGGCCUUCGCGCAGCGGUACUGCCAGUGCAACCCCGGCGUCUUCCAGUCCACAGAUACCUGCUACGUGCUCUCCUUCGCUAUCAUCAUGCUGAACACCAGCCUGCACAACCCCAACGUCAAGGACAAACCCACUGCCGAGCGCUUCAUCGCCAUGAACCGUGGCAUCAACGAUGGGGGGGACCUACCAGAGGAGCUGCUCCGGAAUCUCUAUGAGAGCAUCAAGAACGAGCCCUUCAAAAUCCCUGAGGACGAUGGCAACGACCUCACGCACACCUUCUUCAACCCCGACCGGGAGGGCUGGCUGCUGAAGCUCGGUGAGUGCUGGCAGAUGUG